AUGAAAUAUAAUGUCAAACUCCAUUUAUUUAACAAUCACUUGUUGUUGAUUUUUUUUAAGGAGUACUAUGUGCUAGUAGCUCAAUUGGAACACCAGUUUAGACUUGGUCAGCUUUCCCUGCAGAAGUUUUGGUUCUACAUACARCCUUGCAUAAGAACCCUUGAUGUUCUGUCUUCAAUUGCUGUUGCUAUUGAUAAGGGUAACUGUAAAGGUGGUUCUGUCUUGACUCUACUGCAUGAAAAGACAGUCUCAUUCACAGGUGACAACAAGGGGCAAGAUCUUUGCCUGUUUCUAACACAAGCUGUAAGUACAAUUUUGGGAUGUGUAUUAAGUUUGUAUCAAGUGGAUGGGAUGUGUAUCGAGUUUGUAUCAAGUGGAUGGGAUGUGUAUCGAAUGUGGAUAGAAUGUGUAUCGAGUUGGUAUUAAGUGGAUGGAAGUGCGACCAUGGUCCAAUGCGACCAUGUAAUAUUCUAUUUAUCAUAUAAUUGCAUG